AUGGAUAGUGCUAACCAAGUGUGGAAUGUUUGUGCUCCAAUUACAACACAAGGACGUUCUGUAUCUGUUGAGAAGAUUGUGAAUGGCAUGAAACAUGCAAAGGCAGAAGGUGCUGAUACAGUGGAGGUUAGGCUCGAUUGCAUCACCAACUUCCACCCUCUCCAUGACCUCAAAAUCAUCCUCCAAAAUAAGCCCCUACCCGUACUUAUUGCUUACAGGCCAAAAUGGGAAGGUGGUUUAUACGAAGGCGAUGAGAGCAUGGGGUUGGAAGCAUUGCAAUUAGCUGUGGAAUUGGGGGCUGAUUUCAUAGAGGUUGAGCUGAAGGCAGCUUCUUGGUUUGCUUCCUUGGUGGAACAUAAGAGAAAUCAUAAUAGCUAUGGAAAAAUAAUUGUUUCCUGCUAUGUGGAUGACAUCACCCUUCCGGGAGAAGAACUCCAACUUGUUGCACGCUUGCAAGCUACUGGAGCAGAUAUCAUCAAACUUGUCACGCAUGCAGCUGAUAUAACAGAAGUUAUAAGAAUAUUUAGCUGGUUUCCUUAUUGUCAGGUGCCAUUGAUUGCUUAUUCUUCUGGAGAAAGAGGACUUAUAAGCCAGCUUCUAAGUCCAAAAUUUGGUGGCUUCUUUGUCUAUGGAACAUUGGCAGGAAAUUCAAUCCCUGGUAUACCUUCUCUUGAAAGUCUCAAGGAAGCCUAUAAAUUGGAGCGUGUAAAUGAAGAUACUAAAGUUUUUGGGCUCAUCUCAAAACCAGUUAGCCACAGCAAAGGCCCUAUAUUGCAUAAUCCUUCCUUUAUACAUGUAAACUACAAUGGAAUCUAUGUCCCCAUGUUUGUUGAUGAUCUUAAAAAGUUCUUUAGCACCUAUCCAAGCCCUUAUUUUAGUGGUUUUAGUGUUGGGAUUCCAUAUAAGGAAGAAGUUCUGAAGUUUUGCGAUGAAGUCCAUCCACUUGCUCAGUCUAUUGGAGCUGUUAAUACCAUAAUAAGGAGACCAGGAGAUGGGAAGCUUGUUGGUUAUAAUACAGAUUGUGAGGCUGCAAUUACUGCAAUCGAGGAUGCACUCAUUGAACAUGAUUGCAAUGAUGGUGGAGCAACUUUAGGUUCACCCCUCGCUGGUCGAUUGUUUGUGCUAGUUGGUGCGGGAGGUGCAGGGAAAGCACUGGCAUUUGGUGCUAAAAGCAGAGGAGCUCGUCUAGUAAUCUUUGACAAUGAUUUUGAUAGAGCAAAAUCUCUUGCGUGUGCUGUAUCUGGUGAGGUUCAGCCUUACAAAGAGUUGAUCAACUUUCAGCCAGAGAAAGGGGCGAUUCUCGCAAAUGCAACACCUGUAGGAAUGCAUCCAAACACUGACAGAAUUUCGGUGGCAGAGGCAACCUUGGGAGAUUACUGGUUAGUCUUUGAUGCUGUCUAUACACCAAGAAGAACAAAAUUAUUGAAGGAAGCAGAUGCUGCAGGAGCAAUAACUGUGAGUGGAAUAGAAAUGUUCCUAAGACAGGCUAUUGGUCAGUUCAAUCUUUUCACGGGCCUAGAAGGUACAAUCUUCAUUUUCUCCUUCUUUCAGGUUUGCACGUAUAUUUUUUAA